AUGGCGUGGUGGGCUGGGAGCAUGGGCGGCAUGGACCUCCGCAACCACCUCUCGCAGUUCGGCGGCCCGCCCGGCGGCGGUGCCAUGGGAGGCGGCGACCAGGCACCAACCACACCAAACAGCAGCGGGAGCAACAACCAUGAUGAUGAGUCCGGAGCCGCACAGGACUCCCCCACUGCCGGCGCGGGCGACAACUCCCCUACCCCGGGCGCAUCCGGAGGGAGCGGAGGCGGAGGGGGUUCUUCGUCUGGCAGGCGGCCGCGAGGGAGGCCGGCUGGAUCCAAGAACAAGCCCAAGCCGCCGAUCAUCAUCACGCGGGAGAGCCCCAACACCCUGCGCUCGCACGUGCUCGAGAUCGCCAGCGGCGCCGACAUCAUGGAGGCGGUCGCCACGUUCGCGCGCCGGCGCCAGCGCGGGGUCUCCGUGCUCUCCGGCAGCGGCGUCGUCGGCAACGUCACCCUGCGCCAGCCCGCGGCGCCGCCCGGCUCCGUCGUCACGCUCCACGGCCGCUUCGAGAUCCUCUCCCUCUCCGGCGCCUUUCUACCCUCGCCUUGCCCGCCCGGCGCCACCGGCCUUGCCGUCUAUCUCGCCGGCGGACAGGGCCAGGUCGUCGGAGGCACGGUCGUCGGGGAGCUCGUCGCGUCUGGGCCCGUCAUGGUCGUCGCGGCCACCUUCUCCAACGCUACCUACGAGCGCCUUCCGCUCGCCGAUGAAGAGCCUGGUGGCGAGGGGGGCAUCGCACCCACCGGGUCAGACGGGAUGCAGCUGCCGGAGGGACCGCCUCUCGGAGGAAAUGGCGGGAUGGGUGCGCCGCCCGGACUGCCAGACCCCUCCUCAAUGCCAUUCUACAACUUGCCGCCGAACCUGAUGCCCAACGGCGGCGGUCAGAUGUCGCCGCACGAUGUGUUUGGCUCGUUUCGGCCACCACCGCCGGCCUUCUAG